AUGUCAUCAACUAAUAAUACAUAUCAUCAUCUAUUCGUUCAAACACAACUAAAAAGUAUAUUAAAAAAAUCACCAUCACCAAGAUUUCUUGAUUCAUUAAAUAAUUUCGAUGAUAAUCACUAUUCUAAUAUUAUUCUAUCAUCAACUUACGACACAGUCAAAAGUGUUAUUGACGAGAGUGUAACCAAUGAUAAUAUAUGUAUGUUUAAUAAUAAUCAAUCUGUUGUGGAUAAUUCAAAGUUAUCUUCUAUUGAAACACCAUUAAUGAACUCGUCAAUAGAAUCAAAUGAAAAUUUAUGUCAAUAUAAAAUUGAUACUCAAUUGAUAGGAACUAUUCCACCUGAUGAUGCAAUAUCAUCAUCACCACAUACAUCUGAUGAUGAACAACAGCAACAACAACAACAACGACAACGUAUUAGAACUAAAUCAAAGAAAAAUGAUUUUAGACCAUUUGUCAUCAAUCGUACAGUAUCUUCAUCGGCAUCGUCAUCUAGUGAUAAUGAUGAUGCAAGGAAAGCAAAACGAUCUAUGGAACAAUCUAAAACGACGUCAAUACAUUCUGACAAAUAUCGACAAACUGAUAUGCAACUUGAUGAAUUCAUGCGGAAGUAUCAACAACAAGGAGGAAUUCAUAUACCAAUAAUUAAAGAAAAUCGUAAUAAAGAACAAAUGACAUCAAAAGAUCUAAUAAAUAAUAAUGAAAAUAACGGUAAUCAUUUUUCUUUAACGGAACAACAAAAUUCUUAUGUUGAUAAGAGAUUAAUAAAUGAUGAUACAAUGAGUUUAUUAGAUUCAAUUAAUAUAAUAACUCUAUCAAGAGAAAUUGAUUCACCAUUACAAUUAUUGUUUAAUGUUGUUCGUACAAAUCAAUAUGAUCGUCGAACAAAAAUCGAUCAUAUUCGUCAAUAUAUUGAAGAACAAAUUGGUAUAACAGCUUUUUUAACAAUAUAUAAAUUACUUAAAUCAUCACAUAUACCAAUUGAUAUACAACAAAAACCAUUUUGUUAUUAUGCAAAUUUUAUUCCUCAUUUAUGUUGUUUAAUUAUGCUUGAAAGUGAACAACAAAAAAAUCGUUUAUAA